AAGAUAGCGUUGAGUUUAUCGGCCUCUCUUUUCUUUGCCAUUGUUUUUUCCCUUUCAUCUCUCAUAUUUAAGCUCUUCAAUCAUCAAUGGAGUUCGACUUGAAGGCAAUGAAUGACCAGACCUUCUCGGAGAGCGACGGCGGAGCCUACUACAACUGGCCGUCUUCUCAGUUUCCGGUGCUGUCGAAAGCCGAUGUCGCCGCUGGCAGACUCGUCCUCCGCCCCCGCGGCUUCGCCCUCCCCCAUUACGCCGAUUCUUCUAAAGUUGGUUACGUUACACAAGGCAAUGGAGUGGUGGGAUUGGUGCUUCCAAAUGAGUCAAAAGAGCAAAUUUUGGAGCUGAAUAAAGGAGAUGCAAUACCAGUUCCGCCGGAGCCGUCUCCUGGUGGUUCAACGGCGGCGAAGAUUCCGAUUUGGAAAUCAUAUUCCUCGGCGAGACUUCAAAUUCCCACAUCCAUGGCGAACUUACCUACUUCCUUCUCGCCGGAGCUCAAGGAAUCCUCUCAACUUUCUCGCCGGAGUUCAUUUCCAAAGCCUAUAAUUUUAACAAUAUUGAAGAAGCAAACAAGCUCACGCGUAGUCAAUCAGGGGUUUUGAUCGUCAAGCUACCGCCGGUCAAAUCCCUGCCGGAGCCGCAGCCGCUGCCCGGCAAGAUGGUGUUCAACUUGGCCGGUGCAGAGGCCGAACGCAAGGCUACGGUUGGUGUGUCGGUUAGAAGUGUCGAAGAGUCGAAGUUUCCGUUUAUUGGACAGACGGGCCUGAGUGCAAGCCUUGAGACACUUUGUUCCAAUGGUGUUCGCUCUCCGAUUUAUGCUGCCGAUUCGUCGGUGCAAGCGAUCUAUGUCGUGAGUGGCUCGGGUCGGGUUGAGAUUGUCGGGUUCAACGGCGUUAAGAUGGUGGCCGGAGUGAAGGUGGGACACUUGCUGGUGGUUCCGAAGUACUUUGUGAUUGGGAAAGAGGCCGGUGAGGAUGGAAUGGAGUGUUUCUCCAUUGUCACCAACCUUAGCCUGCAGGCAAUGGAAUUGGCGGACUUUUAUUUCCGGGCAAGUCCAGCGAAUUUGUGAUGAAACUAGAGAAAGGAGACCUAAUUCCGGUACCGGAAGGCGUCACCUCCUGGUGGUUCAACCCCGAAAAUGACGACUCCGAUUUCGAGAUCCUCCUCAUCGGCGACUCCUCACACGCCCUCAUCCCCGGCGACGUCACAUACGUCGUAUUCGCGGGACGUCUCGGAAUCCUCCAGAGUUUCCCGCCGCAGUACGUCGCCGGAUCUUACUCCCUAAACGAAGAAGAAUCCGCCGCUCUUCUCAGAAGCCAAUCCAACGGCCUGAUCUUCAAGCUCCGGCCGGACCAAACCCUACCCGAACCGGACGAAAGCAGCGGUCUGGUUUUAACAUAUACGACGCCGUUCCGGACGCCCGACUGGAGGCCGGCGGGUCAGUGACGGCCGUGACAGAGGAUAAAUUUCCGUUCAUUGGGAAGUCUGGGCUGACGGCGGUGCUCGAGAAGCUUGAGGCUAACGCCGUUAGGGCACCGGUCUACGUGGCGGACCCGUCGGUGCAACUUAUUUAUGUGAGUCGCGGGUCGGGUCGGAUUCGGGUGGGCGGGUUUUUGGGGAAAAUGGAUUCGGAGGUGAAAGCGGGGCAGCUGGUUUUGGUUCCAAAGUACUUCGCCGUCGGGAAGGUCGCCGGCGAUGAGGGAAUGGAGUGCUUCUCCAUUAUCACAACUACACAGUAAGAUAAA